AUGUGCUCUUCUACCACGAUCAUAACCCAACUUCUCUUCCUCCUCCUCCCUUCUGUUGUUCAACCUUUCUAUCUGAGAAAUGAUAUUAGUUUGGACAGAUCUGCGUUGUUGGCAUUCAAGAAAGCCAUUCUGGUUGAUCCCGGGAAUGCCCUCAGUAACUGGAGUGAGACGACCUAUGUCUGCGAGUGGAAUGGCAUUGUUUGCGGUCUGAAUCCUGAAAGAGUGACUGAACUCGAUCUCAAGAGUAAAUAUCUUUUAGGAACAAUCUCGCCAUUUCUCUCCAAUCUUUCUUACCUUCAAUUACUUGAUUUGUCUGAUAAUUCACUCCAAGGUUCUAUUCCCAUCGAGCUUGGAGCUUUGUCUAACCUUGGGCUACUUGGAAUCCAAGGGAAUCAUAUACAGAAUGAAAUCCCUGAGAGCUUUGGCAUGCUUAGGAAACUUCGUUACAUCGACCUCAGCAACAACCAGCUUAGUGGAAGGCUCCCAACAUCUCUCUUCUACAAUUGCACUCAAUUAAGCUAUGUAGAUCUUUCUAAUAAUUGGUUUACUGGUUUGAUUCCUCCGCAGCUUGGAAAUCAACUUCCUUCUCUGGAGAACCUCCUCCUUUAUCAAAAUCAAUUGACAGGUAGUGUUCCAGCUUCUCUCUCUAAUUCAACAGAGAUGGUGGAGAUCGAUCUCGAAAACAAUUAUCUGAGUGGUACGUUACCAUCAGAAAUCUUGAUGCAUCUACCUUCUUUGAAGAUACUGCACCUUUCAUAUAACAACUUCUCAAGUGAUGAUCAGAAUUCAAAUCUUGCCCCCUUCUUCAUUUCAAUUGCAAAUUUGACUCAUCUAGAAGAGCUGGAACUGGCAGGGAACUAUCUUGGAGGUACAUUGCCUUCCACCAUAGGCCUUCUUAGUGUUAAUCUCUCACAGGUUUAUCUCCAAGAUAAUCUCAUCCAUGGAGCAAUCCCAUCAAAUAUAUCAAAACUUUCCAAAUUGAUGUCGCUGAAUCUAUCAAACAAUCUUUUGAAUGGAAUUAUUCCCUUAGAGUUAAUUCUUUUACCCAAUUUAGAAAGAUUGUGGAUCCAUACCUUCAAGCCUGGGGAGUACAAAAUUAGAGCUUCUGGAUUUGUCUCAUAA